UGCCGCCUGUUGCCCGACAUUCAGCCGACAUCCAGCCGACCUCCAGCCGUCAUCUUGCCAACCUCCAGCCGACAUCCUGCCGUCCUCCAGCCGACCUCCAGCCAACAUCCAGCUGCAGCAAUGAGUCAUCACCAGCCCACCAGCCCCUCCUCUCUCUGCUCUGUGGGAGAAAACUGCUCCUUCCUCCAGACCAACCGCCAUCACCAUGUCAGAACGUCGAAGCUGCUCCAUCUGCCUGGCCACACCCCCACACACCAAUCCCACCUGCAGCCUCACCUGUUUCCCACCGUGGAUGUGCCUGACCACGCCCACUACAUUAUUGGCUCUGUCAUCCUGUUGGUGGGGGUGACAGGCAUGCUGGGAAACACUCUGGUCAUCUACGUGUUCUGUCGCAGUCGGACGCUGCAAUCGCCCAGUAACCUGCUGGUGGUCAACCUGGCGGUCGCCGACUUCCUAAUGUCUCUGACGCAAUCUCCGGUCUUCUUCGUGGCCAGUCUCCACCAUCGCUGGGUGUUCGGGGAGCUCGCCUGCGAGCUGUACGCCUUCUGCGGCGCUCUGUUCGGCAUCACCUCCAUGAUGACGCUGACCGCCAUCGCGAUGGACCGCUGCAUCACCAUCACACGGCCUCUGGCCCUGCUAGGCGGGGUGAGUCGGCAGCGGGUGUUGGCGGUGCUAGCGGCUGUGUGGUUGUACUCUCUGGGCUGGAGUCUGCCGCCGUUCUUCGGGUGGAGCGCCUACGUCCCUGAGGGCCUGCAGACGUCGUGCAGCUGGGACUACAUGAGCUUCACGGCUACCGUGCGCACCUACACCAUCCUGUUGUUCGCCUUCGUCUUCUUCAUUCCACUCGCCCUCAUUGCCGGGUGCUACUUCGCCAUCUUCCAGGUGGUGCGGCGGGCGGGGCGGGAGAUGAAGCGGCUCAGCUGCGGAGAGACCAACAAGGCGCACGAGCGUCUGCGCAGCGAGUGGCGGAUGGCGAAGGUGGCUCUGGGAGUGAUCCUGCUGUUCGUGCUGUCCUGGUCUCCGUACUCUGCGGUCGCUCUGACCGCCACUGCCGGCUACGCCCACCUGCUGACUCCAUACAUGAACUCAGUCCCUGCAGUCAUCGCCAAGGCCUCCGCUAUCCACAACCCCAUCAUCUACGCCAUCACACACCCAAAGUACCGAGCUGCCAUCGGCCGCUAUGUCCCGCUGCUGCGCUCCGUGCUGCGGCUGCAGGAGAAGGACCUGCGCUCCUCCUUCAGCUCGAGUGGCGCCUCAUCUCCCCGGGCCACGCUCACCGAGCAGGGCUCGGCGGGAGUCCGGCUCAGCGCCGGCGCGCGGACUAAUGGCCGCUGGGGUAAGAGCCGGCUGUCGUCGGUGUCUGACAGCGAGUCCUGCUGGACGGAGAGUGAAGCUGACGGAUCAACGGCCUCCACCCGACACGUGUUUAUAGAUGUAGCUGCUGACCCCUCCAACACCAAGACCAGUAGCCCCAGCAGCUCCGCCCUGCUCAGCCAGCACAGCCCACAGAAAACAGCAGCAGCCCACACGGACUCACCUGACCGGGACUCACCUGACGGGGGUGCUGUGACAGAGGGGAAUCCUCUGCUGCUUCCUCCGUGACACCUGACCUAGAAAA